AUGAAUAAAAUAUAAUUCCACUCUUUGCAGGUAAUACCCACAAAAAAUGAAUUCAUUGUAUUCAAGCCACAAUUGAAUUAUAUUGUAAAAUAAGUUCAUCGUUUAAAAUGUGUAAUGCUGAGCAGAACAGAUAUUGAACUCUUAAUAGAUUAAAUAAUUUUUAUAGUCGAAUUGUUGAUUGCUGGUUAAGUAUUUCUUAAUUUAAGAUAAUAGUUUGGUGUGCCUUCAAUAGCUUAUUUAAAUGAAUUGCAUAAAACUUUAGUUACAACAUUCAAUUCAUUUAAACAAGAUUAAUUAGGAUAUGUGAUAGCCAAUAUGGAAACAUUAAAAAAAUAGACUAAUUAAGAUUAUUUGAAGGGCUUUAAGAAAGGAAGUUCUAGAAACCUUAAAAUAGCAAAUCAAUUAUAAAAGUAAAAGAAUUAGUUAAUAUAUAAUAAGAAUCUAGAAAAGACUACUUUCAGUCAUUCGAAUAGUGUAUGCUUAAUUAUUCUUAUUUUGGUUGGAUGAACAUUAACCUGAUUAGAGUACUGCCUUGAAAAGUAAGCGCGUGUUUGUUGAAACUAAAACGUAAAUUAAAAUAAUCAUUAAUUAAUUAAAAUAGAUUAUUACAAAGUAAAUUAAAAGAAUUAGAUUUAGAAAAGCAUAAUAAAAUAGUGUGUAGAAUUUGUGAAUAAUUUAUUGAAGUAGAAAUAAUGGCAGCACAUUGUAUAACUUGUGAAAAGAAGGCUGAAUAAAGCAAAAAAUUAUUAUAAUUAAAUCUUUAAUUAGCUGAUGCAUCUUAACUAGCAUAUAAAUUGAAACAUGAUGUUUAAAUAAGAUUAGGUAAAAUAAGUUUAUAAGAAUAAAAAUAAAAUCGUUUAAAGAAGAAAAAGUAAGAGGAAGAGAAAAAACCAUUAAGAUCUUUAAGAAGAACACAUACAAUUCAUUUAGAAGAUAAUAAAAUCUAAUAAGAGGAAGAAGAAAAGAAUAAGGCAAAGAAAUAAUUAGCAUUAAUAAAUUCAGUCAUGACAAUAAUAGUAAAUUAUACUGAGAAAGUAUUAAAUAGUAAUGCAAAUAAUGAAGAUAAUAAAUGUAAAAUAUAUAAUCUUUAAAAUAAGUAAAUCGAAUAACUUUUGAUGAGUUAACUGAUGCUAAAUGUAAUAUAGAGAGUGAUGAAAUUAAUGAUGAAGUUUUAGAAAUUAUAGAUAAAGCUAGAACUUGUAUUUAUGAUAGAAUGGAAUAUUUUAAGAUUUUAUAAAAUUUAGAAACUUAAUAAAUUUAGGAGAGUUAAAAAAUAAAACCAAAUAUUGAAAUAGAUUUGAAAUAAAAAUAUAAGAACUCUAAUUCUAGUUCAUUUAGAUUUUCAAAAUUUAAUAAUGUAACAACAACAAGUUAAUAAAAAUUAAAAAGAAAUGAAACAAUAUAUGAAGAAGAUGAUGAUAAUAAUAUUACUUGUUAGACUCCAAAGAUAGGUAGUAACAAAAAGAAAAAUGUAAUGAUUAUGUCAUUAAUAAAGUAAAUAUUAAUAAUGAUUAUUAGUAAAGAUAAAUUGAAUGCAAAUAAUACAGGAAGCGCAAAUGAAAUAAAAAGAAGAGAUAGUUUAACUAUGAUGACAAUGACAAGAUCAUAAGUAUUGGGUAGUAAUUAAAUGAAGAGAACAUAAAUAAAUAAGGGAAAUAAUGAAGAAUAAGUAUAGUUUCCAUCAAAUCCAGGAUCUAAGAUUUUAGAUAGAAUAGGUAAUCUUUCAAAUUCAUCUGAUGCUUUAAUGAGUCCAACAUCAAAUAAGCCAUCUUUAUUUAGAAAAGCUUAAUCUCCAACAGCUGUAGAUUCAGUAAUAGAAUCUCCUGUAUAAACUCCAUUAGGAAGAAUGGCUUCAUCAUACUAAGAUGAAUCUCCAUAAAAUUAAAAGAUUUGUUCUUUUCCUGAUAUUGCUUAAUGUGAUUCUGAUUAAGAAAUUACAUUAAAAAAAUAAUAAUAAUUACCUUCUAUAGGACUUGGAAGAUAAGUUGAUUCAAUUGAAGAAAUUCAAAAAGAUAAAGACUAAAAUAUCAUUAAUUCCUUUGAAAAUAUUAAUUAAUGUGAAUCUGAUUAAGAAAACAAAUCAAAUUAAGCUAAAAAUUCUACACCUAACUCUAACUAAAAUUCAAAUUAAUCUAUGAAAAACUCUUAAUAGAAUAGUAUGAAAAAUAGUGGAAGAAAUAUUAUGAUGAAUAUGAUGAUGAAAGGAAGUAGAAAAUUACCUAUACCUCCUCCAUAAUAAUUAGAAAUUUAAAGACCUUUACAUAUAGAUUUAGGUUUUUCAUAAUCUGAAUAAAUAAUAGAAGAAUCUCCUAAUACAGCAUCACCACCAAAAAAAGAUAAAAAUGAAUUAAGUCCUAGUAGUUCAUCAUCAAGUGAUAAUGAAGAAAUAAUAAAACAAGAUGAAAUCAAUUAGGAAGCAGAUUUUGAUAGAAUUGUCAGAAAACCUAAAAAAAGUCUAUUUCAUCCAGAAAAUUCUAAAACUAUUUUAUCAAAAAAUAAUAUGAAAUAGAGUGUUGCUGUAUAACCUUAGAAAUCAAAAUAAUCUUUUGAUUUUGAAGUAAUAACAGUAGAUAGAGGAUAUAAUUCAGAUUCAGAAUUAGUAAGUAUUAAUGCAGAAAAAACUAUAUAAUCUUAAGAAAUUGGUUUAAAAGAUUUUGAAUUUAUCAAACCUUUAGGAUAAGGUGCUUUUGGAUGGGUAUUUUUAGUAAAAAAGAAAACAUCUGGAGAUUUAUAUGCUAUGAAGAUUAUAGAUUGUUCUUAAAAAGUACGAAUUUAUUUAAUUAUUUUCAUUAGUAAUUAGAAACAUAAUUAGACACUUUAAAAGCUGAAAGAAAUAUAUUUGAAAUAUUAUCUGGUGAUUUUGUUGUCAAAGCUUACUAUUCUUUUAGUCAUGAAUAAUAUUUAUGUUUUGUCUAAGAAUAUAUGGUAGGAGGAGAUUUUUCACAUAUUCUAAAGAUGUAUACAGUAAUUUAAAUAUAUUAAUAAAAGGCCUUAGAUGAAGAAUAUGUUAGACAUUAUAUUGCUGAAGUAGUUUUAGCCUUAGAAUAUCUUCGAUCUAAGAAAAUUGUACAUAGAGAUUUAAAACCUGAUAAUAUUUUAUUAGAUAAAUAAGGACAUGCUAAAUUAGCUGAUUUUGGACUCUCAGAAGUUGGAUUCAAUAAUAGAUUAAAAUUAAAAUUAAGAUAAUAAGAUAUUGAAUCGUAUUAUAUUAUUAUAAUUUAGAAAUACUAUACCAGAAUUUGCUGAUCAUAAUGAUCCUUAAUUCAAUACAGUUUUUGAUUUAAAACUACCUCAAAUAUAAUAAGUUAUUAAAACAAGUAUUUAAAAUCAUAGCAGUAAAAGUAAAAGAAUUGUUGGAACUCCAGAUUAUAUUGCUCCAGAAGUUUUAAAAGGAGAAUCCUUAACUAAUAGUAGUUUAGAUUAUUGGAGUCUAGGAGUUAUUAUGUAUGAAAUGCUUUGUGGAAUUCCUCCUUUUAAUGAUGAUUCUGUUGAAAAAAUAUUUGAUAACAUUUUAAAUUAUAGAAUUGAAUGGCCAAAUGUUAGUGAUGAAGAGGAAGAAAGUAUUACACAUAAUGCUUAUGAUUUAAUGUGUCGUUUAAUGGAACCUGAUUAUUAAAAAAGAAUUGGACAUUCAGAUAUUAAUGAAAUCAAAUAACAUCCAUUUUUUAAUGGAAUAGAUUGGAAUACCAUCUUAUAAAGGCCUGGAUUAAUUGUACCUAAAAUGGUACUCAAAGAAGGUGAAAAUGAAGGCAAAAAUUGUGAAAAAGUUUAAUAAUUCCUAAAUAACUUAGAAAAAAAAGAAGUAAAAAAUUAAACAUUAGCUUCUAAAUUAAAAAGUUAACUAUCAAAUUUAGAAAGAUUAGAUUUACUAGUUAAAUUGAGCUUAGAAGAAGCAAAUGAUAAAUUGUAAUUAUUAUUUAAUAAUCUUAAUUUUAGAUCCAAGAUUCGUAAUAAUGAAAAUAAAUUAAAAAGAAUAUUAAAUAAGAUAGAUCAUUGCGAAUAAGAACAUUAAACUUAAAUGGUUCUUCUAUAUGAAGAUGUUUUCUGA